AUGGAUUCAAAUUCGUUUUCGCUCCCCUCUCCCUUGUCCCUUUCCCCCUCACCCAGUGACGGACCGAGCGCUCAAUAUGAAGAUAUCGGCAUAAUGGAGGAGCAGAAGCCUCUCAAGGUCGUCACUCGAACCUGGACCCCGGCAGGAUCACUGGGAUACUUCGGCCAUGAUCGAUACGGACUUCUCUCUCUCGUGUCCCUCGCCACAAACACAGAGAUCCGUAUUGAGGAAUUGGGUGAUAAUACCCAUAUCCAAAUCCGGUCUACAGCUGAGUGCGAGAUCCAGGAGGCGAUGGAGAAGCUCGAUAAGCUCGCAGUAGUCAUGAACUUAACUGAUGCCCCCCAUCAUGUAUCCAUGGUCGUCGCCUCUCAGUCCCCCUCAUUGAGAUACCGGAUUAGGGACCUCACAGCCACCCAGCUGGCCAUUCAGCGUGUUCUUUUGGACACGGCCACACCGUUAGGUGAAGUGCUGGCCAUGCAAGCCCUGGUUACGUACCACUACAACACGAAGAUCAAUUCCUGGAAUCUGCUCGACCAGUUGGACAAGCCACCAGCCCUACAGACGGCUGCAAAUUAUCCAGAAAUGAUCCAAGCGUGGAAGGACUUCCGUUUCCCAGGAAAUGGUAGUAGCAACGUAUACUCUGACUUUUUGCCCUCAGUCUUCAGCCCCCAGUGGUCUACGAAGACCGAUACUGGCUCCGAGCAUCAUCCUUACCUGGUUAACUACUUCUGGAACGCCGGCUGUGACUUCGUCGUCCGGUUUGCUUCUUACUAG